GUGGAAAAGGCGCGAUCUGGGUUGAAGGUCGACCGCCUACUUGUCCGAUCUUGUGACAAAAAUAUUGAGUAUUAGAAAGGAAGGUUUCUGGCAUAUUCGAGACAAAACUUUGACCUCAAUGUAUGUAAAAUUUACUCUCAGAGCUUCAGACAUGGAGCUGAGGAAAUAAUCUGUUCGAAAGUUUGGUCAAACGUUAAAGAUUUAGUUUCUGCUCUCCACAUCUUCAGAGAUUUUGGAACUGAGAGAUAUAAAGAUCAUAGUUGCAUAAUUACAUUUCCUGCCUAAUGUUGAGUAAAGUCUGUGCCACUAAUAUUUUAUUCGCUAUUCAAAAAAGUCAUUUCAUUCCUUUGAGACAAUAUGCUGAUGGACAAAUAACUUCAUCUAUGUAUUGUAGACUUGUUAAAGAAGGAAAAAUUAGGCAUGACGAUUUCCAAUUUUCGAUUGUCAGACAACUUGAUGGACUUUGUAAGGAGUUACACUCAUACUAUAACAGAAGUCGAUUAUUAUCAGUGAUUAAUAGUCGAAGUGCUCCUAGAGGUAUUUAUCUGUACGGUUCUGUGGGUUGUGGGAAGACUAUGUUAAUGGAUUUGUUUUAUGAGUGCUGUAGCAUCGAUUACAAGUGGAGAACUCACUUCCACUCAUUCAUGUUUGAAGUACAUGGAAGGCUACAUGCUAUCCGUUCAUCUGCUCUGAGAAACAAAAAAUCAUUUGAUCCUAUUCCUCCAGUAGCAAAAAGUAUCAUUGAUCAAUACAAAUUGUUGUGCUUCGAUGAAUUUCAGGUUACAGAUAUUGCAGAUGCAAUGAUAUUAAAACGGUUAUUUGAGAAUUUAUUUAAUCUUGGCGCUGUUGUUGUUGCCACAUCAAAUCGUUGUCCGGACGAUCUAUACAAGAAUGGAUUACAACGUGUAAACUUUGUACCUUUUAUAGGUCUUCUUAAAGAAAAGUGUCAUAUAGUCAACUUGGAUUCUGAUGUGGAUUACCGUACAAAAAUAAGUGAAACAUCAUUCAAAGGAUCAGAUCUUCCCCUGUAUCUAGAUUAUUCUACUGGGAAUGACGAUAUACAUAAUCAACUUGAAAAAUGGUUUACAAAGUUAGCAACUGAAGAUGGACAUGUUGGACCACCAAUAGUUGGAGCGAUUUCAACAUAUGGGCGUGUAGUUACCUUUAAGCAAGCUGGUGGAAAUAUUUUAAAAUGUAAAUUUGCUGAAUUGUGCAAUGUGCCUUUAGGUGCCGCUGAUUAUAUGAGUUUAGCUAAACGUUUUCAUACAAUUAUUUUAUGUGAUGUACCACAAAUGGGAAUGCAUAAUUUACCAAGUUUGAAACGUUUUACACAUUUAAUUGAUGUUCUAUAUGAUACACAUACUCGUCUUAUUAUUGGUGCUAAUUGUUCACUUGAAAAUUUAUUAUUAUUAUCUAAAAAUGAUACAUCUUCUAUUGAAUUACAAUUUCAUCAUCGUCAAUUAAUGGAUGAUUUAAAGAUGAAUAUGGAUCAUCCAACUAAUAUGAAAGCAUCAAUAUUCACAGGUGAUGAAGAUUUAUUUGCUUAUUCUAGAACAUUAUCCAGAUUACGUGAAAUGCGUUCAAAAGUGUAUUGGGAUCAAAGUGGACCAAAUCGUAAAGUUGACUAAGAAAAGAGAACAUAAAUAUUUCAUAGAAAGAUAGAUGUCCAAUAGAGUAUUUUUCUUUAUAUCUUAUUAUCUAUGACUUUGAAAAACAGAAAGAACAAUCCUACUUUUUAUUAUUUUUUCCUGUAGAUAAAAUAGUAUACACAGAUGGAUUAGUAUACAAUACCCAUACAUUUUGUAAAAUAUAUUUUUCAAUAACAUCUAA